AUGGAAUCAACAGCGGAAGAUUUCCAGCCCCGAACAUUCUCCGUCAAACUGUGGCCACCGAGUGAAAGCACUCGUCUGAUGCUUGUAGAGAGGAUGACCAAGAACCUGUCCGCCGAGUGCAUCUUCUCUCGCAAGUAUGGCAUUUUGAGCAAAGAAGAGGCUCAUGAGAAUGCUAAGAGGAUCGAAGAGGUGUGCUUUGCUUCUGCAGAGGAGCAUUUCAAGAAGGAGCCUGAUGGUGAUGGUAGUUCUGCUGUCCAGCUAUAUGCAAAAGAAACUAGCAAGCUGAUGCUUGAAGUCCUGAAAAAAGGCCCAAGGACAACCGAGGAACCAGAAGCACCUGUUGUUGAUACACCUCUUGAGCCUGCUGAUACUGUGUUUGACAUAUCUGGUGGUAAGCGCGCUUUCAUUGAGGCAGAAGAAGCAAAGGAACUUCUCAGUCCACUGACAAAACCAGGAAACUCUUAUAAAAGGAUUUGUUUCAGCAACAGGAGCUUUGGUAUUGGUGCUGCCAAUGUUGCUGGCCCAAUUCUUGAAUCAAUAAAAUCGCAGCUCACAGAGGUAGAUAUCUCAGAUUUUGUCGCUGGAAGACCCGAGGACGAAGCCCUUGAUGUGAUGCGCAUAUUCUCCAAAGCUUUAGCAGGGUCUGUACUGAGUUACCUGAACAUCUCUGACAAUGCUUUAGGUGAGAAGGGUGUCAGGGCAUUCACAGAGCUGCUGAAAUCACAGGGCAACUUGGAAGAGCUAUAUGUGAUGAACGAUGGCAUAUCAGGGGAAGCUGCAAAAGCUCUAUCUGAGCUUAUUCCUUCAACUGAGAAGCUUAAGGUUCUCCACUUCCACAACAAUAUGACUGGUGAUGAAGGUGCUAUGCCAAUUGCUGAGAUGGUGAAGCGUUCUCCAAACCUAGAGAGCUUCAGGUGCUCCGCGACAAGGAUAGGAUCUGAUGGUGGAGUGGCACUGGCUGAGGCAUUAGGGACAUGUACUCGUCUGAAGAAACUUGAUAUCAGGGACAACUUAUUUGGUGUGGAGGCAGGGGUAGCUCUCAGCAAAACCCUUCCAAAGCUCAGUGGCCUCGUUGAGCUCUAUCUCAGUGACCUCAAUCUUGAGAACGAGGGUACAAUAGCAAUAGUGAAUGUCCUCAAACAGUCAGCACCUCAGUUGGAGGUCCUUGAAAUGGCAGGAAAUGAAAUAACCGCCAAAGCAGCCAAAGCUGUAGCAGAAUGCUUGACAGCAAUGCAGUCGCUCAACAAGCUGACCUUAGCUGAGAAUGAGCUGAAGGAUGAUGGGGCAGUGACAAUCGCAAAAUCUCUGGAGGAAGGCCACCCAAGUCUGAAGGAGCUUGACGUGAGCACGAAUCUGUUUCAGAGGUCUGGAGCCCGGUGCUUUGCUCAAGCUGUCGCAAACAAGCCAGGUUUCGCGCUGCUGAACAUCAAUUCGAAUUUCAUCUCCGACGAAGGGGUUGACGAGGUGAAGGAGAUCCUGAAGGGAGGCAAGAACUCGCUGGAGGUGCUUGGCCCGCUGGAUGAGAACGACCCCGAGGGCGACCCUGAAGAUGGCGAGGAAGAGGAGGAUGGGGAGGACGACGAUGACGAGGAGAAGGACGGCGACGACGGUGGCCUGGGCUCGAAGCUGCAGGGCCUGAAGGUGGAGGAGGACUAG